AUGUUGAAGUCACUGAGUGCUGAGCAGGACAACACAACCCCACAACCCUUCUGGGACAUGAAAGAUAAAUCAGAACAGCUGCUGGGUCCUCAGAAGCUCUCAUAUCCCAAGAUCUUGGGGGACCAUUUUCAGCAGAAAUAUAACCAGCUUUUCUGGGGUCUCCCCUCUCUGCACAGUGAAUCCUUGGUGGCUGCUGCCUGGAUCUCCCAGAAUUCUCUGCAGUCUCCCUUCUUCUUAUUCAAUGGUCUCUCCAAUGUUUGCCCAGUGCAGUUGCAGGAUAAAAUGUCUCCACUGCUUUCCCAGGCCUAUCCCCUGUCUCAUCUGGAACCCCACCCCCCGCCCCUGGUUCUAUCUAUGUCUCAAUUCCAGCCCCCAUUUCUGGGUCAGAUUCAGAGUCCGGCUCAUCUCCAAUCCUCUCUCCCAGCCCUGCUACCUUCUUCUCUACCCCAUGUUAGGGACAGUGGAGAAUCCUGCCCUACAUCCCAAAUUAAGCCACAAUCUCCCAUCCCAACUGAAAUUCAACGCCCAGAAAGGCCCUUGAGGAAACAACUAGAAAGUGAGUGGGCUUUUCCCUCGGUGGGCCAAAGAUCUCAGGAAGUCUACAGUCUCUUUACUCCCACCCUUUCUCAAGACCACUGGGCAGUCUCCAUCCUUCCUGAGAAUCUUCCAAUUAGCCCUGAGCUCCGGGAGCAACUGGAGGAACACAUUCAAAAGUGGCUCAUCCAACACCGAUGGGACCUGCCCCGCAGAAUCCAAGAGUCUCUGGAGCUGAUGCAGCUUCGGGAGGAGCUAACAAGGACAUGUCAGGAAAGUGGCAAACCUGGCCCCUCACAGCCCUCUGUAUCUACAUGUGAACCCAGCAAGGAUGGACAGAAGGUGAGGUUCCAUCUAAAGAAGGAUGCGGGCAAGAAUUUGGGGCAUUUUCUAGGAAAGGUCCCAAAGAAUGUACCCAAGGACCUGGAAAGUUCUCCAGUGAAGGCUCUGAGGGUGACUACAGAGACAGAGAGAGACCUGAUGAAGUCCUCAUUGAAGAGUGACUCAAGAAAUGACUUAUCAAGAAGCAUACACAAGAAUCCACCUGAAAAUACCCUUAAAGCCCAUGUGGGCAUUCAGUCAGAGGAGAUCAACAAGGGUCUAGUCCCUUUGAGUGUGCGUGAAUCCUGGCUUUUUGUGGGGGACGAUUUUUCCAUGUCUGAAACCCACAUAGAAAGCAGAGAUCUGGCAUCCUCAAAGAGCUGGGAAAACUGUGUGAGGACCACCCAGAGCCUUUCCUUCCUUGAUCCAGACACUCAACAGACCCUAGAGACACAUGUCUCAAGGUUGUGGGUGAAGCAUAAGUGGGGCCUACCCCUCAAAGCACUCAAGCCCGUUAAUCUCUUUAAGUUAAAAACACCUCAACCCAUGUCCCUGCCACAGUAUGGCUGUACCUCCUCAGCCACCUAUGUACCUGGGGCCAGCUCAAAAGUUGAGGUUGCCAAGUUCCUGGGAAAACCACCUCAGACAUGCUCAAGAGAGAAGGUGAUGAUUAAUGAGUCUGUGCCCCCCAUGGAGAAGCCAUACCUUGUGUUUUCACCUUCAUAUAAGGAAAUCAAGAGGUCCCUGACACAGACUCCAUCCUGGGAGGACUAUAGGUUCUCAGAGGCUCCUCCUACCAGACUGGUGAGCAGCCAAUCUUCUCAGACUUCUAUGUACGGUCAUGUGGGCAGAACCUGUCAGAGUAGGACUGUCCUGGGGACUUGGAAAGGCAGCCUAGAUGUCUCUUCACUGCCUACAGCAUCCGUUGCCCAAGAUCUAGCAGAGCCAUACCUCCAGGCACAAGAUGCUAAUGAGUUUCAACACAGAGUGGAGAUGAAGCCAGUGAACUACUUUGAUGUCUGUACCACUGAGAUGUUCCUUCCGGCCUCUUCCACAGACAGUUUGGCUUCACAGGUAUGGGGUGACCUGGGGCAGCAGAAGCACACAUGGAACACAUGGAGGAGCCAAAGCAAGAUGUUUGCCCCUACUUACAAUGGGGAGGAUGCAAGGAGGAGGAGCCCAAGAAGUCAUAGAGAAAUGUGUGAAGAAUUGAGGACCUCCAAGCUCACCCAAGGCAGAGAAACAGAAGACACUUUUGAAGGGGGCCCUCAACCCCUUCCAAAAAACAAACAGUUUUGUCUAGAAAGGUCCUUCCAAAGAGCCAUGAAGUGUGUUCUUCACAGGAUCUUCUCCAAAAAAGCACUCAAAGAGCAAGAAGAGCACCCAGAAACAUACAAGCCUACAUCUACCACUGCCCAGAGCCAAAGAAAAGUGAAAACCAGUCCACAUGUGGACAGUAAUGUGACUGAAGCACAGAAGCUCAUGACAACCGUUGGACAGAUGUUGGAAAGGAAAAUGGUGCUUCAGCAUAAACUAUGUGGCUCGAAGGCAAACCAGCACAAAGAGCAUCCUCAUGACUCUCAGAUGUCCCCCUGCCACAGGCCUCCCUUCUACCCAGAACAAAGAAGAAUGUCCAGUUACAUACCCACCCCCAAGUACCGGAGGUCUCCUAACCAGGAAACGAAUGCUAGUGACCCACAGUCCUUGAAAAAUGUACAAUUUAGCAACGAACACCAGGGCCCACAGCAUACCCUUCACCUCAUGUCCCACAACAAGUCUGUGUCACCAAGGUGUCCCUCCCAUCAGGGGCCUACAGUGUCAGGGGCUUCGAGCCACUAUCACCACUGCCCAAGGCACUGUCUUCUUCGGAGAGAUGUCUUACCUGAUUAA